AUGCUGGAUUCUUCCUCCUCUUCCGGGGGAGAGAUCACCAAGGAAUGGCUUCGCAAGCACUGCCGGAGAUUAGGGCUCUAUGUCACGCCCUCUCUCAAUGACAAGCUCUAUCUCCACUACCAGGGCUUUGGAGAGAUCAAGAACCUGGAAGAAUACACUGGACUGAAGAUGCUGUUCCUCGAAGGGAAUUUCUUUGAGUCUUUGGAUGGUCUACAGCCACUGGCGGAAUUACGAUGCUUGUACGUCCAGAAGAAUCAAAUUGCUUGUAUCAACCAUCUCGAGGAUCUUAAAAUGCUGGACACCUUGGAUCUCAGUAACAACUGCUUGAAAACGCUCGAGAAUCUCUCGGCUUGCCCGAGCCUCAAGGUCCUGCAAGUCUCAAACAACUAUCUCAAGUCUGUGGAAUCCAUCGAGCACCUCAAAGACUGUACCUCGAUAUGCGUUCUCGACGUAUCGUCCAACAAACUUGACGAUGGAGAGGGAGUUUUGGGAGUUCUUAAAGCCAUGCCCGAGCUUACCGUGCUUUACUUAUCCGGUAAUCCAUGCGUAACGAACCUGCAGCCCUAUCGCAAGACUGUGAUCUCGAGUCUUCCCAAGCUCAACCAUCUGGAUGAUCGGCCAGUGUUUUGGGACGAGCGUCUUUGUGCCGAGGCUUGGGCCAGAGGUGGAUAUCAAGCUGAGCAAGAGGAACGAGAGCGUGUUAAAGCUAUAAGGAGCGAAAUGGAGAUAAAGCAACUGGAAAGCAUGAGAAAGAUAAGAAACGAUGCUCUCGAAGAAAGAGCCCGGUUGGAAGCUGUGGAAGCGAUGGAGGAGGAGGAGAGAAGUACCAAGGACGCGCAAGUUGAGGCAUGCUUUCAAAGUCGGGAGUCUACCGCUGUAGCCGAGGAGGUCGAAGAGGAGCUGGAGACUUCUGGCUCCGAGUGUUUCACUCUGGACAGUGAUACUGAGAACUACAACGACAUCGAGCUUACACGAUCAGACGAGCAGAGGCUUGGCUCGGAUACUCCUGUGACAAACGAGGAGAUGACAGAGACCAAGGAGGACGAACGAAAGGACAGUUCUGGGACGAUAGAGAACCUUAGUCCAGAGACAAAAGAGGACGAACAGAAGAUUUUCUCGAAGAAAUCUCAGGACGAACGAGUGCUUAACUUGAACACAAGGGAAGACGAACACACGGUCAGUGAGACCAAAGAAGAGGACGAACAGAAGCUUAGCUCGGCAGCCGAUGCAAAGGACAAUAGUGUCUGUUAAAAUUGAACGGACAAAUGUAG